AAUUACCAGAAAUGGAUUUGGAAGAAGAGCUGCUUAAGAUCAAUAUUUCACAUUUGAAUUCACAUAUCACCUGUUCAUUGUGUUAUGGUUACUUCAUUGAUGCUACAACUACAACAGAAUGUCUACACACAUUUUGCAAAAGUUGUAUAGUGAAAUACUUACAAACCAGCAAGUCAUGUCCCCAGUGUGGUGUGAAAAUACAUGAAACUCAGCCACAACUCCAUCUGAGAGCCGAUCGUACCAUGCAAGAUAUUGUCUAUAAAAUUGUACCAGCAUUGUUUGAGAAUGAAGAAAAAAGAAGAGAAGAGUUUUACAAUUCCAGAGGAUUUUCUAAAUUAAAGAAAGGUGUGGUGGAGAAAAUACCUGAGCCCAAACUAACCUGUAUACAAGCCAGUGAUGAUAGACAUAUGUACAAGUAUGAUGAAAAGAUCAGCAUUUGUUUAGAAAGAUAUCAUGUCCAUGCAAUGCCAGUCAGAGGGAGUCACAGCAAGGUACCAUCUUUACAGGAAAAAUUCAUACGGUGCUCAAACAGACUACAAGUUCAUGAUGUUAUUAACCUACUGAUGAAAAGAUUAGAGAUACCAUCAGAAGCAGAGUUAACACUAAUAUGCCAUGGACAUGAACUGACAAAAGAAUGGUCACUGAAACAAGUAUAUCUGAUGUACUGGAGUCCAAAGGGAUCACCAAUGUUUCUAUUUUACUGCUUUAAACCUGGAUGAAUUCUGACACUUUACAUUAAAUGCAUCCUAGUAGAGCUGCAGGACGGCUUGGUGCUAGAUAUGAUAGAAUAUUCUGUCACAUAGAGUUGCUCAACAAGACUGGAAAAACUUACAAAACAAACUGAUACAAAAGUUUGAUUUUUUUUAUAAAUGAAAUUUUUAUCAUCCUAAAACUAAUAUUUUUUCCAUAUUCCUUUACAAAUUGAACUAUUUCUUCUUUUGAAUGUUUACAGUGCAUUUAUUUAAUUUCAUAAAUGACAAACUUAUGUAAUGUUUAUACUGUUUUCAACUAUUGUUAUUUUUUAAACACUUUUGCAUUUAUAGUCUUAAACUUAAACUAUGCUAUAUAUGCUUAUAUGUGACAUAUCAAAUAGCUAAUUGUAUCAUUACUGUGCUUAUGCAAGAGUUCAUGCCCUUUUAGGAUAUCAAUGAUUCAUGACACUUUUUCAAUUUUCAUUUAUAACUGGUCUCUUCAAACUGACCAGCUGCUGAAAAGUUUAGAUCAUUUUUAGCAUCAAAAUAUUUUUGAUAUAAUGUAAAUGAAGUGCAUUAAUUAAAAAAAACCUUGUUCUUUUAAAUUUCUAAUACAUGAAAAGUUUUGAAAAAAGAUUGACUCCUAUAUGAAAACUUCUAUUGCAAUGGCAUUUUAUGUCAGUAAAUUUCAGUAAUUAAUCAGUUAGUCAAGUAGGAGGGUGAUCCUGAAAAUGCAUUAAAUAUUUGCAACUGAAUGUUUAGAAAACAACAGUCACCAUUACCAUGUAGAAGGGAGAUAAUUUUUAGCAUAUUAUGAGAUGUUAUGGUGUGGUUAAGCAAGUUAUCUCCCCUUCUUGUCCUGUUUACAACAUUUUAGCAAUUUAAAGCAAUGAUAACAAACUGCAACUUUCAAUAGUCAUUUGACCCAUUUUUAUUUUAUAAAGAUUAAAGACUCUUGAAUAAGAACAGUGAUAACUAUUAUUGUGACAUGACUGGCCAGAGGCUGGUCCUCAUUUUACUGUAAUAUGAAUUUUAAUGUUUUAUAUGUUGUUGUAGUUAUUGCUUGGUUGUUGAUUAAAAACUGUUGCAUUUUC